AUGAUUUAAAAUAAAGAACAUCUACCCCAGGAAUGGUUUGACUUUAUCGAAUAAAUCAAAAUUUUGAAUCCUAUUGAUGAAGAAACAGUAAAAUAAUUUGUAAAAGUUCGAGUCAGCCAAUUUCCAUCAGAUUAAUAAAUGAGAGAAUACUACGAAGAAGUUUUUUCAAAGUAUUACUAUCAUUCUACUAUAAUUAGAUCGACUAAUGAUUCAAGUCGAAAGAAGUGGCAUCAAUAAGACAAAAUGUUGCUUAUUUGGAGCGUGACUAAAUACUUGAUGUCUUAAAAUAGAUCUGACCUUAUUCCUGUAAGAGUUUUUAUUUAAUGUUAGAAUAAUGGGGAUUGGGAAUAUAUAUCAAAAAUACUGUGUGUAGAUAAGUAAUUAGUCGAGUUAAAAUGGUUAUCCUUACUCCAUUCCAAUCUAAAAAUCUCAACCUGGACCAAAGAAGAGGAUCAAAUUUUGACAGAUAUUGCAAGGUAAGAUUUUUAUAUAUUUUAGUUAAUACUAUUCAAAAAAUAAUUGGACAGAACUAACAAUUAAGUUUAAUUAAUUGUCCUAGACUUAGAGAUAUCCUAAAUAAAUUAGGGAGAGGUGGAAUAACGUGUUAAACCCUACCAUUUCCAAGUAAACGUGGACGAAGGAGGAGAAAAUAAAACUCAUCUAACUGAUUUUAGAUUAUGGUAAGAAGUGGUCUAAAAUACAAAAUUAAAUGAAUAGUAGAAGUGAAAAUUAAAUCAAAAAUCAAUAUAAUGGUAUCAUCCGAAAUUUAAAACGAUUCAAUGUAAUUUUUCUUCUUUAUUUUAAGGUUUAACCAUCUGAAGAGAAAUAAUUACUAAAGGCAAUCGCUGAGAACCCUGAUCAAAAACUAAGUUUGACAGUUACUCAAUUUAUGUCUGAUUUCUUGGCCAAAAAAGAAGCUUCCAAAAGAGUGGAUACACCUUUGCUAAACAAUAGAAAAGCGGAAGGUGCAAGCUUAAAAAAAACUCAAGUUGAAUUACUUCCUAUUGACAAUCCAUUAAGUACUUCAAGUAAGAUAAAAUAAAUAUAUUUUAGAUCUAUCAUAAAUUGAAAAGUCCAAAAUAAGUCAGGAAUCUUAGCCUCAAAUCCCUUUGACUCCGAACUUAUACCAAUUGUAAAAUAGUAACCUCUCCAUUCCUCAAAUAUAACAACAAUAAAUGUAUUACGGAAACUAAUAUUAUAUGAACAGUUUCCCUAAUUCCUAUAUGAAUUAUACUCCAAUUAAUUAGGCUUAUCCAAACUAUUAUUAGUAUCCCUUGAGUUCGGGAUUUUAAUAAUAUCCAGGAUAUUUCUGA